AGCAAUAAAAGCCCCGCGCGGCGGCGGCUUCCGCCUUUUGAGAGGCCCGAGCGCUGGCGAGAUGGCGCCGAAAAAAGACAGAAAAUCAAAAAAAUCAGCUUGGAAGUUUAGCCUUGACCUCACCCAUCCUGUAGAAGAUGGAAUAUUUGAUUCUGGAAAUUUUGAACAAUUCCUAAAGGAGAAGGUUAAGGUCAAUGGAAAAACUGGAAACCUGGGGAACAUAGUUCACAUUGAACGUUUUAAGAACAAGAUCACAGUCAUAUCUGAGAAGCAGUUCUCUAAAAGGUAUCUGAAAUACCUCACAAAGAAAUAUCUCAAGAAGAACAAUCUUCGUGACUGGCUUCGUGUGGUCGCAUCUGAUAAGGAGACAUAUGAGCUGCGCUACUUCCAAAUCAGUCAAGAUGAGGAAGGAUCAGAGUCUGAGGAAUAAAUGAAGCUUUUACUGAAAGCUUUAUACUCUUAAACAGUGUACAAAAGACUAACCAUCUAUUUAUGAAAGCACUUUAACUUAUUGGUGAAUAAAGAUUUCGUACACUGUUUCAAAAAAAAGUUCCUGCUGAAGUGUGGUCAGCUUACUAACCUUUCUUGCACUUUCAUUCACAGUAAAAGGCCAGUGUAGAGAAGUGUA